CUUGACCCGUGGGAUUACUUUGACCUAUAUGUUAAAUUUAAGUUGCCUGUAUAGCGUGGGAAAAUCGUUGCAUUAACCCAGGACGUGUCUGUAUUGAACUGCGGUCUAGUAAACUAAAGUGAAUUAAAAAAAUGAGCUAUAAACCUGCAUUGUCUAAAAGUACUUUUUAUCACUUUUAAUAUGUAAGUACAUUUAAAAGUGCAUAGAUAAGAGAAGUUAUUUCUUAUAGUAUUCGCUAUACUCUCUCUUAAGAAAGCAGCCUAAGAAAGUAGAAAGUGAAAGUAAAUACGUAUGAUAAGACUGUACGGGGAAUUCUUCUCUUGUAUCUCCGGCCGGGCAUAGCCUAGCCUUCUUCGUUUUCCCUUUCUAUACUCUCGAAUAAAUCCAACUGAUUCCACCAUGGAGAUGAAAUAUUCUCUUGAGCGACAACGUAGAAAGCUAUUGCAUGUGUGCAAUGAUGAAACAACCCCAAAUGUGGACGUACAUUUUUGUUAUAUUUUUUACUCUGCAGAGUCAAUGCAAUGCCUGCGAGUGGCUCAGCCGGUACAAGAUGAUAAGCUCGGAGUCUCUGACCCUGCUGUCGCAAAUGGGUGCAGAAUAUAGUGUAGAAAAUGUGCAAUUUCCCGGGCCCCUGUACACAUUGAUUGGCAAGGCUACGGUGGAAGACCAGGUGAGGUUUCUUGCCUUGACCUUAGAACAAAUCAUCCAACUCAUGGAUGCCAGAGAGCACAUGAAUUCAGUGAAAUGGAACCACAAGACCAUUGAUCAUUUUCUAAGUGUCCUGCACAGGCAGUCAUCUGAACUAAAAGAAUGUGUGGCUCAAUACCAUAAGUCAUCACACAAGAAGGCUUACGAGAUAAGCAUAAAAAGUCACUUCAGGGAUUUAAUGAAAAUUCUAAAGAAAAAGGAAUACAGUGCUCAGGGAUGGGAACAGAUCCGGGGAGCUGUGAGAAGACACCUUAAUAGGAUGGACAUCAUUGUAAGCAAGAUAUUAAAAGACGGAACUGGCGACAGCAGGAAAGAACUGCUUGACUUUGUGACAUAUUCCAUAAACUGAAGAAUUCUGGACAAACAAAAAACUAAUAAUAAUAAUAAUUAUUAAUAGAUGUUGUUUAUCUAAUUAUCUCGCUUUUGUAUUUAAUUUCAAUGAACGUAGCACUAAUUUGUGCAGGAUCGUAACAGUUUACCUUACGUGUUCUUUAUGAAAACUUGAAAAAAAUCAAAUGAAACAAGCUGGUUAUGUUUCUCACACAUAUCUGACCAAUUAACAAACUGAAACCUAUUUAUUUUGUCUUUUGAUGAGGGUUGUUCUUUGUGCAACACUCAGAUGAAGUUAUUAACUUGUUCACUUCUUCUUGAAGAAAAAGCACAGCACUUUGGAUAAAGUAUUCAUUACAUUUCAUUUAGUCAGCAACUCAGCUAUACACAUGAUUAUCAGGUAUAUUUGAGAUAUUUUAUUUAGGUCCACAUAUUUAUAAAUUUUUUAUUGUUCUGUGUUAUUUAAAUGUGUUCAUUUAUUUAUUUAUUUGCUGUAAAAGUUUUAAAAUGAAAAAAUGUUUUAUACUAUUUAUAAGAUGAAGAAAUAAAUAUUAUUUAUUGAAACUA